AUGACCUUAGUAUCCUCCAGUACAAGAAAACCAUCGGAUUGCUUUUACGCGGCAGCUUUCUGCUUGCAUUUUUUGCUUUGGAUUUCGUGUGCUGUGUCCGGAGAGGAGGAUCAUCACUUCAGCGUUGAGGGAUGGCUACAGAAGUAUGGCUACCUUCCCCGCACAGAACCGGGAAUGUCUGUCCUGCGCUCGGCCCAAACCAUGCACUCAGCCAUUGCUGCCAUGCAGCGCAUCUAUGGUCUCAAUGUCACAGGGACACUGGAUGAGAAAACCAAGGAUUGGAUGCAGAAGCCUCGCUGUGGUGUUCCGGACAAAUUUAAAAGCGCUGCGAGGUCACGGAAGCGGAGAUAUGCGCUGACAGGACAGAAGUGGCAGCGUACGCACAUCACCUACAGCAUAAAAAAUGUCACACCAAAGGUGGGCGCCCGCGAGACUCACGAUGCCAUCCGGCGGGCGUUUGACGUCUGGCAAGGUGUGACUCCCCUCCGCUUUGAGGCCGUUCCAUACAGCGCUCUGGAGACUGGCAGGCGUGACGUGGACAUCACCAUCAUCUUCGCCUCUGGUUUUCACGGUGACAGCUCGCCCUUCGACGGGGAGGGGGGAUUCCUAGCCCACGCCUAUUUCCCCGGCCCAGGCAUCGGAGGCGACACACACUUUGACUCGGAUGAGCCCUGGACCCUGGGGAACCCCAACCACGAUGGUAACGACCUGUUCCUGGUUGCGGUGCAUGAGCUGGGCCACGCCCUCGGUCUGGAGCACUCUAACGACCCCACCGCUAUCAUGGCUCCUUUCUACCAGUACAUGGACACAGAGAACUUCAAACUACCUCACGAUGACCUACAGGGCAUCCAGAAAAUCUAUGGUCCACCAGAUAGAGCACCACAGCCUACCAGGCCCCCGCCUACGGUCCCUCCUCCUCGCUUCCACCCUCCCUCAGACCCCCGUAAGCAUGACCGCCAUGCCAGACCCCAUCGCCCUCCACAGGGGGCCAAGCCCUCCAACCCCAACUCCAAACCCAACAUCUGUGAUGGAGGCUUCAACACCCUGGCCAUCCUCCGGCAGGAGCUUUUCGUCUUCAAGGACCAGUGGUUUUGGAGGGUACGGGACAACUCCGUAGUCCCUGGCUACCCGAUGCAGAUCAACUACUUCUGGAAAGGCCUGCCUCCCAAAAUUGAUGCCGUGUAUGAAAAUAGCGAAGGAAAGUUUGUCUUUUUCAAAGGAAACCGUUUCUGGGUCUUCAAGGACACAACUCUGCAGCCUUCGUACCCUCAGGACAUCUCACUGUUCGGGAGCGGCAUGCCCACUCAGAGUAUCGAGACAGCUGUCUGGUGGGAGGAUGUCGCCAAGACCUACUUCUUCAAAGGAGACAGGUACUGGAGGUACAAUGAGGACAUGAGGACCAUGGAUCCAGGUUAUCCCAAACCCAUCACCAUCUGGAAAGGCAUCCCUGACUCUCCACAGGGGGCCUUUGUGGAUAAGGCCAACGGCUUCACCUACUUUUACAAGGGAAAGGAAUACUGGAAGUUCAACAACCAGAUGCUUCGUGUAGAGCCCAGCUACCCGAGGUCCAUCCUGAGGGACUUCAUGGGCUGUGACGGUCUACCCGCCGAUCCCGACUGGGACUGGAACCCCCCGGUGGCAGAGGAACGCCACUACGACAAUGGCGACGUGGACGUUGUCAUCAAAUUGGACAGCACGGGGGGCACGGAGAAAGCAGUGGCCAUCGCUAUCCCCUGUGUCCUGGCACUGUGCAUGAUGGUCCUCCUCUACACCGUUUUCCAGUUCAGGAGGAAGAGCACACAGCGCCACAUACUGUACUGCAAGCGCUCCAUGCAGGAGUGGGUCUGA